CCUCGAUUUCUUCGGGCUGUUGGUAAGGGGUAACGAGGGCCGGCAGCCGCUGAGCCGCCGGCAGCCGCUGAGCCGCCGGCAGCCGCUGAGCCGCCUGCAGCCGCUGAGCCGCCUGCAGCGAGGGGUGGGCGGCCCGGGGAGGCCGGCGGCGGGACAGAGGGAACCGCCUCGGCACCGCUGCGGAGGGCUGAGCAGGGCUGAGGCCUGUGCCCCCUCAUACGCACCUGCCGCCUGUCUUGAGCGCCGUCCCUCCAGGAGACCCCUCCCCACUCGCCGCGGCAUUGUGAGGGUAGCUGCCCGUCAGGAUGGCAGCAUCAAACCUGGAGAACCAACUGCAGAGUGCCCAGAAGAACCUGCUGUUCCUGCAGCGAGAGCAUGCCAACACGCUGAAGGGCCUGCACGCUGAGAUUCGACGCCUGCAGCAGCACUGUACAGAUUUAACCUAUGAACUGACUGUGAAGAGUUCAGACCUGUCAGAAAAUGGUAGCUCAAGGAGUGAAGAACUCAGAAGAAAGUGUGAAGAUCUGGAAGCUCAGCUGAAAGCCAAAGAGGCUGAAAAUAAUGAGUUACUGAAAGAACUGGAACAAAAGAAUGCAAUGAUAAUGGUGCUGGAAAAUACUAUUAAAGAAAGAGAAAAGAAGUAUUUGGAAGAGUUAAAAAUGAAAAGCCAUAAGCUCAACAUGUUGUCGAGUGAACUAGAGCAGAGAGCAAGCACUAUUGCUUAUUUAACUUCUCAGCUGCAUGCUACCAAGAAGAAGCUGAUGAGUUCAAGUGGAACUUCAGAGGGGACCCCUUCUGGCAGUCCUGUGUUGUCCAACUAUAAGCCCUCCCCUCCCAAAGACAAACUGCCGGAGACGCCACGGCGCAGAAUGAAGAAGAGCCUGUCCACACCGCUCAACCCUGAGUUCGAAGAGGCCUACAGAAUAGGGUCAGAUAGCCGGAAGCUGCUGCUGAGAGAGCCUGUGGAUGCCAUGCCCGAUCCCACCCCGUUUCUGCUGGCCAGGGAAACAGCAGAGGUGCACCUUAUUAAGGAGAGGCCAUUGGUCAUUCCACCCAUUGCUUCGGAUCGUGCGUCUGGCGAAUCGCAGAGCCCGGCCCGAGAGAAGCCGCACAAGGCACAUAUUGGGGUGGCUCAUCGCAUCCACCACGUCACACCGUCCCAGCCCCAGCCCGAGGUUGAAACACUGGCAGUGGAUCAGGUCCACGGAAGCAAAGUGGUCAGAAAGCACUCAGGGACAGACAGAACUGUUUGAGUAAAACCUCUGGCACGCUCUACUCUGGCUCCUUAUGCACUGUGAACCUGUAGGAUGACUAGCACCUGCAGUAACGUUUCUUUUGACGCCCCAUGCAUGCCAAACUUCUUCCAGAUCCAUCCUUAAUAGAUUGUGCUCCUCUGAUGAACUCCCUCUAGGACUGUGUCCGUAUGGCAAGGUAUAGAACUCCUACAUGCUGUGGCCAAAUCAGGGUACCCAACUGCUUGCUUCUGAGCACUGCUCUGUUACCAUCACUCCGGGUGUGGACAGAGGAACAGGCUGCGUUAUUAACUGGUGUUAGCGACAUCACCCUACCCCAACCCUGCAGUGACAGGUGUAGGCCACUAGCACGAACCCCUCAGUGGGUCCUUUGUCUUCACUCUGUAUGUAAACACAGCACCCACAAACCCUGACCGCCAGACAAAGCCUUUCUUGCAGCAGCGCUGGAACCAGUACACCUGGUUCCAUCUUAAGUGGAACUAAGGACAUCUCUGCCUUCACAUGCACAUGCUCUGGAUUGCAAAUGUGGCCAUAGGUUCUCUUCCUCAAAAAUCCUGAGAGUCCCAGCAAGCAUUACUUGAUUAAUCCUAAUUACUUUGCUUUGUAGCUUUGUUUAAAUGCAAAAUGGGGAGAUGGGUGGACAAAGCACCCUUUAAAAAGCUGACUGAUCCUCAUAGAGUUCAAACAGAGGUUGUCUGGGGGAGGUUGUUUGGUUGCUUUUUUUAAUGGUAUGGCUCCCUCACACCUCUGACACUAGUCAGUGCACUGCACUUGUAGCACCUUCCAGACUGGCUCAGAGCUCCUUUUCCAGGGAGAAAGCGUAGCUGGCUGUCCAGUGUAGAAAUGGGUCUUGAUGCUCUAACCUGCACUUUUUUUGUAAAGGGAUUAUUUUUGUUUCCUAAAAAGCUUUGUUAUGUUCUGGACAUCAUCAGGCACUGCUGGCUUCUGCUAGCUUAGCAACCUGAGCUGUCCCUCUAAGAUAUGUGUGUGUUUUAGUUCUAAAUGUAGGUGAUGUAACCAAUCCAUAGAGGAGGAGAACCUGACAUCCUUGAUUUUUAUCCUUGUGGAUUGGGAUGGCCUUGCCUUGCACUUGCCCUGGUUCCCCUACCCCUUUCUAGUAAGUGACAGGUAGACUCUAUAGCUGUUAGAUGACUUAUUUUUGUUGUUACUAUUUUUCCUAGGACAGAAAGGCAUACUGAGAGCUGUGAGAGGAUGUAAUUUUAGGAAAGGAGCACAAAUUUGACCAUUUUUCUUAAAUUCUGAUUAGCACCUCCAGCUCACCUCUGCUUCACUCUUGUCUGCAGCCUCUGAGUAGGACCAGCAAGAACCAAUGGCUCCCAAAUGCUGCUAAGCUUACGAUGUGCCUUCAAAAACUUGGAACGCAUAAUCUCUGUGAAAGCUAAUGAAGGAUCCCUGCCUGUCCUCGUUCCUGCCCUGUGCCAGCUGUAUCUGCCCCCUCGUAAGCUUCACCUGCUGCUGUGUGUUGGUGCGUGUCUCCCUCCAGAGCCUUGGAGCACUCUCAGCUUCUCCCACAAAGGCACUGGCAGGAUGACAAAAGCUGUUCUUCCUAACUGUGGUACUGCUAUAUUUCCUGUGCAGCAUGACACCUUCCAGCAGGGCUGUUCCCAGUCAGAGAGGGGUUGAACAUCUACUAGCCCAAGGCCCCCAGUGCCCUGCCCCUGCGCACCCUCACCACUUGGUCACUUGCUUUUCUGAAGCCCAAGAGCCACUCUCAGCACCACACCUUGCCAGUGGUGUGGUAGGGUCAACAUGAGGAACAGCGGGGAGAGGAGAAAAAGGUUGGUUAAACUGUUUGUUAUUCUGUGGUUUACUCCUAAGUGUAUUGCAUUAACCAGCAGUGGGUUGGGUUGUUUUGGUGGGUGUUGCCAUAUUUUUAUGGUGAUCUCUUGUAUGACUGAUCUACCUGCCACUUGGUGGAGGCUGAUGGAAGGCACCGCUUCUAAGCACAGAAGUGAUGCUUUGGGCAAUUAAAAACAUUUCUUACAACCA